UGCCAUUGGUUUGCGUUCUUUAGUUAGGUUAAUGUUAUUACAUGGACCAUGUUGUUUUCAGCGUCGAAGACACAAGCACUAAACUAGCUGCAGUAGCUAUACGGCUGCAAUCUGGCUAAGAAUAUUUGUGCACUCAACUGAUACCAUUGGUUAUUUUUGCUCGUUUUUCUGUUUAAAUAAUACUGUAUGUAUCGUAUGUCUUGUGAUCACUUUAGAGAUGGACAACGUUACUUCGUCACCGCAUACAUUUGGAUCAGAGGGGAUCAGUCCACCAUACAGGAAGAGGCGGACUGUUGAGGACUUCAACAAGUUCUGCACAUUUGUGUUGGCUUAUGCAGGCUAUAUCCCCUACCCCCAGGAGGACUGUCCUGUGCUCAGUAGCUCCAGCCCUCCCAACAGUACAGGCAGCACAGCAGACAGCGAUGCCUGGACUCCUGUCCCUCGACCCCCCUCUUCCUGCGCCCUGAGUCCCCCUAAACCCCUGCAGGACAAGAACAGGAGACGACUCAGUUCCACAGGACUCCACCCUGAGGACUCACUAUCCAGCCAUGUUAGGAAAGAUCGUGGCCGUAUAGUGUCCUCCCUGCACCCAGAUGACCGCAGGAAAACCGAAAAACUGAAGAAGAGGAGGAGGGAAAGAAGGAGCCAGGCCAGUGAGCCGAACUCCACCCGACAGGCCUACGUAACCAUCUCUGAGCCGCAGUUUCCCCUGCCCCUGGGAGGACGACCAAUCAAAGACGAGCCCGAGGAUGACUUCACCAUCCCCCUUCCUCCUUCAGCCACUCAGCGCCUCUCCCCCUUCAUCAGCUCCUCCUGUAAACACGAGCCCAAUGAGGAGUGGGCGGGCUGGGAGGGGCAGGGGCCGGAAGAGGGCGUGGUGAAGGUGGAGAGGGUGGAGGGUUUCCCUGGUAACAGGACGGUGAUCAGACAGGGGAAACAAGUGGUGUUCCGGGACGAGGCUGGCUCUGGAGAGGACGAAGACAUAAUGGUGGACUCUGACGACGACUCGUGGGACCUGGUGACGUGUUUCUGUAUGAAGCCGUUUGCGGGCCGGGCCAUGAUCGAGUGCAGCCGUUGUAACAUGUGGAUCCAUCUGUCCUGCGCCAAGAUCAGGAAGUCCCAUGUCCCAGAGACCUACACGUGUCAGAGCUGCAGAGACUCCCUGGGCCCUGCAGACGCUCGCCGCUCAUACCGCUCACGCGUUGGCCCCCGCAAACACCUGCUGGAGUGACCCCCCCCC